CGGGCCUUUAUUACCUUGCUAGAGAACCGGCAUUUGUUUGUCAAAUCAACCAAUCUUGUCUUAUACGAUGCAUUAACUUAAUUAAUUACCUCUUAGUUUUACUAAUCACAAUUUACACACCUUAUAAAUGGGAGUUUUGUGAGCUUUCUCCAAGUUUGGGUGAUGGAGUUAAUCAAAACUCAGAGAUGAGAUACAUGAAUGAGAAAACAGAGAUGGGAAGAAGAAGAGGGAAAGAAUCAAAAUCAUACACACUUCCUUCAUCACCCUCUCACUCAUUCUCCUCUUCUUCGUCUUCGGAUUUCGAGUUCACAAUCUCAAUCUCACCGCGCAAAUCCUCCACCGCACUCUGCCCCGCCGAUGAACUCUUCUACAAGGGUCAACUCCUCCCUCUCCAUCUCUCCCAGCGCAUCUCCAUGGUCCGCACGCUCCUCCUCUCCUCUGCCAGCACCUCCUCCACUUCCACUGCCGCACGCGACUCUACCGGCAGCAGCUCCAACGACUCUCACUCCUCCUUCACCAGUGACCUUGCACUUUUUCCCGACUGCGACUCUUCUCGUCCUAGCUCCGUAACAGAGGAAGACGAGUUCAAGCGUCUCAAUAACAGUACCGGUAACAGUAACAGCAACAACCACCCCUGUUCCAUCUCCAAGAAGUCUCAUAAGUUCUUUUUCUCCAGAUUCUCCUCCGUUUUCCGCAAGGAAAACAACCUACAAGCCAAAACCCGUGACCUAGACAGUGCCUCUGCUAACUCCUCGGUGAAGCGGAUGAGCGUCACCGCCAGGGAGGUUAUCAGGAAGUAUUUCAAGAAGGUCAAGCCUCUCUACGAGAAGCUCUCCCAGAAACAGCAGAGGUCCGGGCAGUUAAACACGGCGGAGGGUGCAAGUGCAGUAACAAUGACUUCUGUUUUUUCUCUUUUAACUAAGACCGAGAGAUCUACCAAACUCUCGGAAGGUACCAAGGCAGGGAGAAAAGAGAGUGCGAGUGCGCUUUCUCAUUCUUUCUCGGGAAAUCUCAGAUAUCCCAGAAGAAGAAGCUGUGUUUCUAGUUGUCCUUCUUCCAUGAGAUCAUCGCCCAAUCACUCCGGUGUUCUUUCUCAACGAGGUGCUGCUGGUGCUGCAGCUAUGUACUGUGGAGACACUUCUUCCAUGGAAGAGUUGCAGAGUGCGAUCCAAGGAGCCAUAGCCCAUUGCAAGAACUCUUUGAUUCAGAGCAAAACAAUGUGACUUGGCUCUAGUGGUAGUAAUUGCUCUGCAAAGCUAAAUUGGCACCAUGUGGCUUGGAGUUUUAUUGAGAUGAGAUUCCAUUUGUAACGUUACCUGAGCUAGCUACCUUCACAAAAUAAUUUUCGAUUACCUAGCAUCAUCAUCAUCAUAAUAAUAAUUUCAUAUUUCUAUCCCGAAA